CACAUGUAGUAACAAAUUAUGGCGGGAUUAAAAUUUUUAUUGGAAAUAAUAAUAUUUAUAAUUUGCGCUACAACGCAAUCGACGUGGAAUAUUGCAUCGGCAUCACGACUCAAUGUACCAAGAGUUUUAUUACCAAUAUUCAAUGACUUUCCAGUUAAUUUUACGCUGGAAGUAACCGAAGGAGGUUGUUACCAAUGGUCGACAUCACGCUUAGAUGUUGUCCAUUUAAUUCCCAUGAAUGAAAAUCCCGAUCAUACAUGUUCAUCAGCAGUUGUGGUACAAAGUGUUUCCAGAGAUUUAACUCGUAACACAGCGAUAGUACUGGCAGAAGACAUAAAUACUGGUCAAUUUUUACGUUGUGAUGUAAUUGUUGAUAUGAUAUAUUCUUUAAACUUAGUAACAACGACGAGAGAAUUAUUUAUUGAAGAAGCUCCUGAGGCAUUUGAAGUAAGAGCACAAGAUGAACAAGGAAAUGAAUUUACAACUUUGGCUGGAGUUGAAUUUACAUGGACCAUUGGCAAUGGGGAUAAAAGUUCAAGUGUAGAAACACCUGAUAGUGUAUUAAGAUUCAUAACCUUUCAAGAAUCACCAUACGAAACACCUCCUACAGUUGCAAUGCUCGAUGGCACUGGAAAAAAAGGUAGCAUUGUUUUAUUGGAAGGUGUUAAAACUGGUACAGCUAAAGUGGCAGCUAAAUUACCUCAUUUAGAGUACAAAGAUGUACCAUCUGUUGAAGUGGAAUUAAUUGUUGUUGCGAAUAUUAUUAUUAUACCAACUGAUCUGACAAUAAUGGCAUACGAUAAUAUUAAAUACAAAAUAAUGCAAGUGCAUCAGGGACGUUUGGAAGAAAUAAAUUUGCCGUUUAGUCAAUAUUACUUAGAAGCUGAGCAUCCUGAUAUUUUGGAUAUAGAUAAUGAUAGUGGUAAAGCAUAUGCAUUAUUACCUGGAAAAACUAAAGUACUGCUUCAUGAUAAAAAUGUUAAUGAAGAUUAUAGUAUUGUUCUUCCAACUGCUGUUGUUCAUGUUAAUUCUGUUGAAUAUAUUACGAUUACCGUUUUACCUAACAGAAAUCGUGGAUUAAUAUUGGGUGAAACACAUGAAAUUGUCGUUGAAUUAUUUGAUGCUAAAGAUCAUAAGUUUUACAUUGGAGAUGGUGUUGAAGUAAUAAUGACUAUUGAUUCAAAAUAUUUUCAUUCAAAAUUAACAAGUAAAAAUGGUACUUACGUUGUUGGUGUUCCUAUUUCUUGUGGUACAACUACUGUCGAGGCUAAAUUACAUGGUGUAAUUGAUAAAAACGGUAAAAAAAUUCCAUUAAGCACACCACUGGUUGCUAAAGCUGAUUUAGUCAUUCACACACCGGUGAUUAUUAGUCCAAAAAUAUUAGCUGUACCUUGGGAUCCCAAAAGUAAAUCACGAUUAGAUGUACCUCUAAAAGCAAGUGGAGGUGAUGGUACAUACGUAUGGAACUCAAGACAACCAUCAAUAGCUACUGUAAGUCAAAAUGGAGUUGUAAGAAUUUUAAAUCAAGGUACUAGUGAUAUAGUUGUAUCAAUGGCUCGCAAUCAAUACAAUAAUGAUAGAGCAAAAGUUUAUGUUAUGUUGCCAUCCAAGUUGGAAAUUAUUCAAUAUAGUAUGGAGGCAGCUACAGGUGAACCAAUUCAUUUACAUGUUGCAUUGUAUGGUAAAUUAAACAAUACACCAGAAGCAAAAGAAAUGCUAUUCACUGAUUGCCGUGAUACCUUAUUUGAAAUAUAUAUUUCUGAUAACAACUUUGUACGCAAUGCAACAAGUGAAUUAGUUGAACCAAUCGGUAUAUCAUGUACAACUUUAACAGUAGUAGGAACUGACAUUGGAUCUUCAAGUAUUACAGUAGCUUAUCGUACUAAUGGACAAUAUCUUAUGGAUAAUGUUACUGUAUCGGCUUAUAAACCUUUAACUUCAAUUCAUCCAUCAAGUGCUGAAACUCUUCUUGCUGUUGGAUCCUCCAGAAAAAUUAUUUUCACAGGUGGUCCGCAUCCAUGGACAGGUAAAAUAAAUAGUUUUACUCGAGAAAUCUCAGUUUCAGAUGAAGAAAUAGUUCAAAUUGAUGAACAAGAUAAUACUGGUGGUGUAUCAGUAUUUAAAGUUACUUGUCGUGCUUUAGGUCAAGCAACAUUAACAUAUAAAGUAUUUAAUAAACCAUUUUUACCUAAUUGUCAUAGUACUGGUGCUACUGCAAUGGUACAAGUAAUUUGUGGUAAACCUAGAUACAUUUAUCUUCAACCAGAAUUUAAAGACAGUCAAAAUUGUCCAAUUAGUAAUAAUGCUGAAAGAAUAAUGGUACAUGCUAAUAAACCUCUAAAACUUAUUGUUACGGUAAAAGAUGAAGAUGGUAAACGUUUUGAUAAUAUCACAAGUCUCAAUAUUGAAUGGGCAUUAAAACCAUCGGGUAUUGGAUUAUUUGAAAUAUCACCUGGAAUUUUCGAAGAAACUUUUGUUGAUUAUAAUGUUAUAUUGCCAUUAACUCAUUAUCAAAUUGUUAUUCCAAAAAAGCAUAUGGGUACACUGACAAUAUCAGCUAAAAUUACUGACUAUCAAAAGUACAUACUGGCAAAACUCAAAAUAGCACCAGAAUGGCCACCAUUUCCAAUAACCACCGAAAAAGGUACUUUAGUAACUCCGCGUAUAACAGCAGAAAUAAAUGUACUAUUAGUUAAUGAUACGAUGAUAACUCCAAACAAAAUAAAAUUAUUAAAUGAUCCGAAUGCUAAAUAUUCAUUGCAAGUAAAUCAAGGAUCUGGUUAUUAUGAAUUUAUACUGAGUGCUGAUGAUAUUGCAGAUGUACGUUAUAUUGAACCAACAAGAACAAUAAGUAUUAUCCCUAAAAAAGCGGGCGUACUUCAAAUAGCUUUAAAAGAUCUGUGUUUAGAAUCCACACCAGCGUUUGCAGAAAUUCAAGUUCAACUAUUAGCUGAAAUUGAAAUAAAUAGUGUAAAUAAAGUUGAAAAGGACAAAUGUAUUUCAGCAGUAGUUAAAUUAUUUGAUACUACUGGUAAUUUGAUAGAAUUGCCAUCAUUAGAAGCAUUUGAUCUUCGACCAGAAGUAGAUAAUAAAUUUAUUGAAAUAAUAAGAUUGCCAAUUAAUGAACAAGGCAAUCCACCUUAUUCACAAAUACACUACAUGAUCCAUGGUAUUGAUGAAGGUGAAUCAAGACUUAGUUUUGUUAGUGGUUUAGGUGAUAAGGAAAUACGUAGUGAAUCAAGUAUUAUUCAAGUAUUUAUGCCAUUGAAAGUCGUACACAAAAAUAUAACAAUAUUAAUUGGAACAAUUUAUCAAAUUAUGACAACUGGUGGACCUGCAAAUGCACAAAUUGAAUUUACCGUUGAUGAUGAUAAUAUUGUGACUAUAAAUAAUGAUGGAAUUUCAGAGGGUAAAGCACUGGGUCAUACUAGAGUAAUUGCAAAAGCUGUUGGUCUAGAUUCACAAGGUACUAAAAUAGUUUAUUCAGAAGAUUUUAUAGACAUUCACGUAAUUGAAUUGGAAGGAAUAAGAAUUGUAACACCAACUACAAGAAUAAAAGUAGGUGCAACUAUUCCACUUUGGGCAUUUGGAAUACCAGAUCAACUGACACCUUUAGUAAUCGGAUCCUUGAAAUCAUUACUUGUAUUCACAUGGUAUUCUAGUGAUUCGAAUAUAAUAAAUUUACACAACAUGUAUGAAGGUACGAGAAUUAAUAUACGAUAUCAGAAUGAAGUAACACUAAGAGCAACAGCAUUGAAACCAGGAUUAUCAACUGUUUAUUUAAAUGUUACAAUACCAUCUAAAAUAUCAUCUAGUUUUAAAGAUGAUAUAACAUUUAGUACAUUCCUUAAAAUUGAAAUAAUUGAAGAGUUAAGUUUAAUUAAUCCAGAAAUUUCCACUGGGCUUCCAGUUAUACUUAUGACACCAAAUUCUAGUAUAAAAUUAAAAACAAAUAAAGAUAAUUCUGGUGUUACAAGUUAUAAAAUAGUAUUAUCUGGAAAUUCAAAUGAAUCUGAUGAACCAAAUGCAUUAACUACUACCAAAACAGUGAGUGUCGAUAAAAAUGGUUUUGUUAAAUCUGGUCAUUCAUUAGGUAAAACAAUAAUAUCAAUAACAAAUAUUGAGUCUUACAAUCGAAAACAGUCUAUGAGAAUUAUUAUUGAUGUUAAACCUGUUCAUUAUAUGAUGUUAUCAUUAAGCUCAAAUGUACGAAUACGUGAUGGUGAAGAAUUAAAUAUUUUACCAAAAGGAAUGGAAUUAACUUAUAUAGUUGAGUAUUUUGAUAAUAUUGGAAAUAAAUUUCAUGCCGCUGAAUUAAAAUUCGAUACUAUUUCUAAUCGCGGUGAUUUAGUUACAUUUACAUCAAGACAAUCUAGUAAUCAAGUAAAUGUCAAAUUUCAUAAUAAUGGUGAAUUAGUAGCAAAAGUUUACAGUGAUAAAUAUACAACAGGUAUAUUUGAUUAUGUUCACAUGAUGAUUGGUGAUAUUAUAUUCCCAUCAAAAACAGUACUAACUGUCGGUGAUAUUGUAUGUUUUUCAAUGCCUCUUUUAUCAGCUAAAACCGGUGAUCCAGGAUUUUGGCAAUCAUCAGUACCUGAAGUUCUAUCAGUUGAUGCGGUAACUGGAAUAGGAAGAGCUAAAACUCCAGGACAAACAUUUGUAAGACACAGUUUAACUGACCAUAAACAAGAUGAUAUUGAAGUUAACGUUGAACCAAUAUCAAAAAUAUCAUUGGUAUCCUUGCGAGGUAAAAAUAUUACAGGAAUGGAAAUAUUUAGUGUACCUCUUGUAUUAAAAAGUAAAGAUGAAGGUAUUAAAGAAAAUAACGUUUUAGCAAGAGGCUUAGGUGGUUGUCGUACACGUACAUCAUUUACGUUAGACUCUUAUCCUUUCACAUGUACUGUGCAAAUUGUAUCAACAAUAUCAUCAAUAAAUAUUAAAGAUUUGUUCAUUGCUAAACCACGAUUUGAUAUUGUAAGUGGUUUUUACUACUGUGACAUUAUUCCAAUUGGUACACCGACAAUAGUUUCUAGUACACUAGACACACGUAUUAAAAUCAAUGCUCAUAGUCAUGAUAUAGAAGGCAAAGCUUUAGAAGUUAUUUAUUUACCACCUAUAUAUAUCAAAUCAAGUGAUAUUACUUUUAUAAAAACAAAUCCUCAAGUUAUAGCUACUGCUACACUACAAAUUUAUGGACUUAAAAAUGUAUUAGAACAUAGUACACUUCAAGUACCAGAAGGUGUAAUAAUUAAUUCGUAUGAAUUAACUACAAUGUCGACAUUGCAAUUUAAUUUACGAUUAAUGCCAGACAGAGACGAUAUUCAAGGUCAAAAAAUAAAUGUAAUUAAUGAUCUUACUCGACAAAAUAUUUCACUUAUUAUUAGAACAUCUCAAAAUGAAUAUAAUACAUUGUCUGGUAUAAACUGGAUAGACUGCUUAUGCUAUCAUCAGUAUACAAUAAUUACAUUUGCCAUAAUUAUUAUUACAAUGAUUUGGAUGUGGAAAAAUAAAAUAGCAAGUGUUAAUUUAUCUGUGAGAAAUACAAGUGUUUUUGCAGAUAAAAGUCCACCACCUUUAAAAAAAUCACCAAAUCAUAUCAACGCCAAUUCUACAAUGAAUCGCACAAUUAAUUCAUCUAGUCCACAACGAAGUCCAGAAUCACCUUUAAGGCCAUUUUCAGCUUUUGAACCGGUGUAUGGUGAUCCACGCGGUUUUUAUACGCCAAAUACUAGACGAAACAUAUCCUUUAAUUGUUCUUAACUAGUAAAAAUUUAAAUAAGUUAUUGAUAUACUCAUGAGGACUUGUGAUAAAAUUUGAUUUUCUUAAACAGAAAAGAAUAAAAAAGAAUAACGCGUUGAAUAACGUAAUUUGAGUUAGUUCCAAUAGUAAAAUAUAAUAUAAAAAUUCAUGUACUUUAGUUGCCAUUUACUAAUAAUUUAACGAUCUAUUGUUUUAUACGUAAUUUUUCUUUUUAUCGUUAAAUUUCUUGAUUUGAAAAGAAAAAAAAACUCAUAUAAGGUUUGACUAUCUUUAGUUAUCAAUAAGUUAAUUUAAAAAUUACUAUAUAUACGUUUAAUAAAUUAAAUUAAAUUACCUCGUAAUAUUAAAGUAAAAUGCUUCCAACUUUGAAUAUUAAAAAUAGAUAAAACAAAAUUUCAAUCAAAUGUUUUACUGCGAUUUAUUUUUUAUUGUAAUUUAAAUUAAAUAGUAAUAAUUAAUAAAUGAAAUAUUUUGUUUUUCAUUAA